AUGAUUAACUAAUUGCUUUUCGUAUCAUUCUUGUUCUUAACUAAUGGAGUUGGAUUAUUUGAAUAAUACUAUCCAUUAGCUGAUGAGAUAGCCUAGUCUAUGACUUUGCAGUAAAAGAUCGGUCAAACAUUAUAAGUGGAUAUUACAAGCUUUAAUGAUGAUUAAGGAAAUACCCAUUAUGAACAAAUAUCCUAACACUUCUUAGGUUCGAUAUUAGUAGGUGGUAAUGGAUGUCCAGAUGGAAGAGGAAACAUAAUUGCAUCAGACAAUUGUUUCGCAGCAACUAAUGCAAAUUGGAGAGAUGUAGCUUAGAAGAGCUUGAAAUAGAAGGUAGUUGUAAAUGUUCCUGGUCAUGGGGAAACAACCAUUAAUUUAUUAUUGGGUACUGAUGCAGUCCAUGGAAACCAACAUUCUGUUGGAGCAGUGCUCUUCCCUCACAACAUUGGUUUGGCUGCUAGUCACAAUGUAGAAAAUUACAUCAAAGCUGCUUAUUGGACCAAGCAAAGCAUUUUGGAUUGUGGUUUUAACUUUGCCUUUGCCCCUACUGUGGCUGUUUCUCAUAAUCCAAAAUGGGGUCGAUUUUAUGAAACCUAGGGAGCAGAUCCUAAAUUCAUUAAAGAAAUUGGCAGAGCAUACAUAAAGGAGUUAUAAGAUGACGAUGGUAAAAAAAUAAAAGGAGUAUUGGGAUCAACCAAACAUUAUUUCGGAGAUGGCGCCACUUAUAAUGGAUACGAUGAGGGUAAUUGCAGAGUUGAGAAUUUCGAUGUGUUCUAUAACAACAAUAUCUAGGGAUACGUCGGAGCUUUGGAAGCUCAUACAGGAACCAUAAUGGUUAGUUAUAGUGCUAUUAAUGAAUUAGCCAUGAGCAUUAGUGAUUUAAUUAAUGUGGAUUUGAAACAAAAUUAAAAAUUCGAUGGGUUCAUUAUCAGUGAUUAUAAUGCUGCAAUUAAAGUGGCUUAUCAAGGUCUACCUACAACUCAUACAAAAAUGACGAUUGAAGAUGCAUAUACUAAAUCAUUUAAUGCUGGAAUGGACAUGUAGAUGGUAGAUGGUGCAGUCGGAUGGUAUGAAGAAGUGAUGAACAAUAUCAUAGCAUAAGGCAGAAUUUCAGCUGAAAGAUUGAAUGAUGCAGUAAAAAGAAUUUUGGCUGUUAAAUUGGCUAUGAACUUGAUAGAUGUGCCUUAAACAUUAGCCAAAAAGCAUAAUUAUACAUAAGAGAAAAAAGAAGAAGAGAAAGUUGAACAAAAGGAUGUGUCCAAUGACAGUAAUGAUGCUGAAUAUUAUGAUGCUUUGAGAUCAGCCAAGGAAUCUUUGGUCUUAUUGAAAAACAAAUAGAAUUUAUUGCCAAUUAAUAAAUACAAAAUCACUAAUGUUAUUCUGUUGGGAGAAAGACUUUGGUCCUUCAAAGGGGAAUUCAAGAGGGUGUAUUAAGAUUUCGAUAACAUUGGAGCAUAAAAUGGAGGUUGGACUAUAAGAUGGUAAGGAUUCAAUGGAAAUGAAUAUUGGUCGAAUGAUCUUAAAACAUCAUCAAAGGCUUCAUCCAUACUUGAUGCCAUUAAGAGCAGAUUCAACACAGCCAAUAUUUAUUAUAUCCAAUACUCAGAUCCUACAAAUCUAUAGUUGAUAAAUUAACAAAGAGGCAAUUUCAGAAAUGAGAUCAUUAAUAAUUAAGAUUAAUUUAGUAGAGAAAACACAUUGAUCAUCAAUACUCUUGCAGAAAAUCCAUAUGCUGAAUUCAUGGGAGAUAUAGAUUGCGAAUAUUGCAAAUCUUAAGACAAAUACGGAUGCAUCUAUAAUAAUUGGCUCAAUCAAUAUCUACCUGAUGAAUAACCAACCACUCUAGAGAUCAAUAUUGGAGAUUACGAAAAACAAAUUAUCAAUAUUGUGAGAUAGAAGGAUGUGGAUAUCCCUGUUGUCACAGUCUUAUUUAGUGGUAGACCUAUGAUUAUCACUAAUCCACUUUCAGUGAGUACAGCAUUUGUGGCAGCUUGGUGGCCAGGUACUGCUGGUGGUGAGGCUGUUGUUCAAUCUCUUUUUGGCGAAUAUUUAUUCAAAUCUUAAGGUAAACUCAAUACACUUCCUGUCCCAUGGAUGAGAAAUAUGUACUAGAUCUCAAACUAUCCCAUCUACGGCAACGAAGUCCCCUAAAUUGAAGAUCCUCUUUUCGAAGAAGGUUUUGGGUUAGAAACAAGACCACAAAACAGUUAAUGAGUCAUUAAAUAUUAUACAUAUAAAACACACAAACUAAUAUAA